GGUCAACACGUAGAAGACCCUUGGAGAAAGCGGUGGCCACGGGAUGUGCCAGCAAAAAAACGAAAUGCCAGGCGCCAUGGAAACACAGCGAAAAAUGGACAAGAUCGUCGCCAUGCACCAGAAAGAUCUCUCAGAGGCUCGCCAAGUGGUAUCCUCCUGGCUGACCUCCAAUGGUUUCCCAGCAGAUGCCAAUGGCAAGAAGGGAGUCUUUUUCGUGACCUUUGCGUUGCAUGAGGCGGUGAAGCAGAGGAAUUUGUACAUCGUUGCGAAGCUGUUGCUCUUCGGUGCGAAUCCCACCAUCCAAGACACCUGGUGCUGCACAGCUUAUGACUAUGCCAAGAGAGGUAAGGAUAGCGAGGCGCAGGAGAUUGUCAAGAUCAUUGAUCGCUCCGGUCGCGGCCCACGGUCUCCCCAACUGCUGGCUCACAGCAACUUGGAGCGAACGCCACCGCCCCGGGGCUUCGAGGAGUUCUUUGCCCACUUGGCCGCCACCGAUCCCUUGGUUCAGGUACCCAAUUGCGAAGCUCAAUGGUUGAAUGAACUUGGACCGAGACCUCUGAGGGGAGCCGUAGAUUCUGUCCGUGGAAAAGUCGGAAAAAUCUUUUGAGUCUGCCAUGAACCGAUGCCGUGGAUUCUGAGCAUUUAAGACCUGACUUCCCAAGACUGUGCAUGAUCCGGCUGCUGUGAUGGUAAGCUGACAAGCACAGGUGGAAGUUGUGGAAGGUAACCUCAAAAUCCACGAUAGGUUUGAAGCAUUCGAAGCAUUGUCUACAACUAGC